ACCUUGAGACUUAUAGAACUUUUCCUUCCUGCAAAGAAAUUUGCAAACCAGAACUUCCGGCUGAAAAUUCUAAACCAAUCAACUGUUGUGUGAUCCCUAAAUUACCCUACAGACUAUGCACUCUAGUGGCAGGGGCUUUCCCACGUGUCCAUGUGAAGCCUAACGCGGAUCCACAUUCCGACUGGACAUGCCGUUUUCUAAGAAUAUUGUAAAACAUGAAAAAAUGUUUUUUCUCUCUAAAACAGAAGUUUGGUUGCGCUUCUAGCAAAGCGAGGGGGCAGCUCCGGACCGACUUCGCAGGUGUCACCGUCCUGCAAGAGCCAAAGAAGAGUUCCUGGCAGCCAUUUGGAGGCAAGUUUGCCCCAGCGAGUAGCGCAGUCACAAAAAAAGAGAAAGCCUCCCAUUAUCUUAAUUUCCUUGGAAGGCAGAAGAAGAGGAAUAAUGUCUGCAUGCAAAUUUCCAGAGCUUUCGUGCUCUUCCAAGAGUUGUGGCUGCAAGCAGAGAGGGAGGGUGUAUGUAUGCAUACACCCACCCACUAGUUACUGCAUAUAUCACUGUUGUGGGCUUCUUCCAGAAAUAGAAAGGAGCUUCUUAUCAUGCACCUGGUCUGAUAGCUGCACUGGAUCACUGAUUGAGGUCCCCUCUAAAUUAGAACACUGAAAACAAUGGCAACAGAAUAUAUAAAAACCUGCUGUAAAUUGUGUUUCUGCAUGGACAAGGAAAAAAAUGAUUCAGUUUCCAUGGUGCAGGAAUCUGAAGCAGUAGCUGCAAGCAAGCCAACUAUUGUAGAGCAGCCUCCAUUGUCUUCUGUGUCAGUGAAGCGUCAAGUUGGCUGUUCUGAGGAUUAUUUGCUUUCUAAACUGCCCCUGGAUGGUCAGGAGGUACCAUUUGUGGUCCCUCCAUUCAAACUGGCUUAUGUACAGCCAAAGAACCUUCCUAGUAUCUCACGUGCUGGAGGGAUUAAAGAGUCGGCCAGAGCCUCGUUUGGUGAGCGGAAGGCAGAGCUGCACGCCGUGUACCAGUGGCCCGCCUGUGACGUGUACAACCCCUUCUAUCUGGAGCAUCGGGUCUCGCCAGAUCUCAUCAGGCGCUUCCAAGCAAAAGCAGAUAGCAGGAAAUUGUAUGGAUCAGUCAGUGAUUUAAGACCCAGUGCUUUGCCUGGGUCCCUCGAUGUAAGUCGGUCGAUGUUUGAUCUCAGGAGCCCACCUCACCGAUUCAUGAAGAGAUAUGAUUCAGUCUCCAGUGUACCUAGCAGUUCUUCUUCCAGGAAGGAUUCACAAGGCAGUAACAGGAGUCUGGAUACUAUUACAUUAUCAGGUGAUGAACGAGACUUUGGAAGACUGAAUGUGAAAUUGUGUUACGUUUCUUCUGUAGAACAGAUUUGGAUCACAGUUUUACAUUGCAAAGACCUGAGCUGGCCUUCUAGCUGUGGGGAAAAUCCUCGUAUCUGUGUCAAGGGAAUUCUCACACUGCCCAAGCCAGUGCAUUUCAAAUCUUCUGCCAAGGAGGGCUGCAAUGACAUUGAAUUUAUGGAAACUUUUGUUUUUGCCAUUAAACUGCAAAGCCUGCAGGCUGUCAGAUUGGUAUUUAAAAUCCAGACACAGACUCCCAGGAAAAAAACAAUUGGAGAAUGUUCCUUGGCACUGCGGGAGCUGAGCUCACAGGAGUCAAAUCAUUGGCUGGAUAUAUCUCCUCCUUCCAAAGCACCUGUGUGCCGUGCAGAACUUCAAAUAGGAACUUGUUUUCAGGCAAUAAACAGGAGGAUACAGUUACAGAUUCUUGAAGCACAAAACCUUCCUGUUUCUUCUACACCACUGUCUUCAAAUUUCUUUGUGAAAGUUGGAAUGUUUAGUACAGAAGGGAUCAUCUAUAAAAAGAAGACUCGCCUUCUGAAGUCCACUAACGGCCAAGUGAAGUGGGGAGAAAUGAUGGUUUUUCCAGUUAGCCAGGCAGAACAAGGAAUUAGCUUUCUCAUCAAGCUCUACAGCAAAAGCUCAGUGAGAAGAAAACACUUCCUAGGACAGAUCUGGUUAAGUUCUGAUAGCAGCAACAGUGAAGCAGUAGAGCAGUGGAAAGAUACCAUUGCAAACCCUGAAAAAGUUGUUGUUAAAUGGUACAGCAUUGGCCCAUCUUGAAGACUGGAGAUGGAAUUCAGAACUGAUUUUUCUACAGAAAUUCAUAUGGUAUCUAAAAUAUUAUAAAUUAAAAAUAAAGAUAUUGUCUAUGCAAGUUCUUUGGGAGUUCUCCACUGCAUCAUGCCUCUGUGGAAAUGGAAAAUUCAGUUUCAGCAAGAGAAAUACUGGCUAAAUACUACUAUAAAGAAGACUUGGGAACUGGAAAAAGUGCUCAUUUGAUUUCACAAAAUCUAUCUUGAAAAAAAAGAUAUUUGCCCCUUCUGGAUUUCAUAAAAGCACAGAAAUUCACUUUUGGAGAGAAGCAGCUUAAACCAACUCUGGUUCACUAGCCACUGACAUCACGCUCAUCUGCAUCGUUGUCUUUGGCAGACUCCAAAGUCCAGGGAAUGAAUGGGUCGUGUCAGUGGCUUGAUUCUGGGUACCUGUGAACAUCUGGGGUUGUUGACACCAUUUGAUCAGGAUAACAUGUGCCUGAGCAAGUGGGGAAGCUAUGGCAGCAGGAGAAGGCAUAAAGGGAAGUAGUGCCACACAGUAAGGCAGUACCCAUAGGCUUUUCUAAUAUCCAUUUUGGAUGAAGGGUUGUUCAGAAGGCUGUAGCUUGAGCUUGCCCCCAUCCUUUUCUCAAAACAGAGAGAUGCAAAGAUAAAAGUUCCUUUGACUUAGUGAUCUUUACAAGAGGGGCCCUCCAGACUUGCUCUGUUUGGGUAAAUUCUGGCUGGAAUCAAUGGAAUAGUACAAAGAGGCAAUGACCCUGCCUAGGAUCAGAGCCAGGAUUUGUAGAUUACUUUCUUAUAUAGAAUACUUAUAUGUAAACCACUUUCUAUCUAGUCAACAUGCUCUAGCAUUUGCUUACAUUGCCAAAACACAGGCUAACAUGUACAAAGGAGUGAGCAAAAAUUUACUGGCUUAUGUGCUUUUUGAUAUUAAUUAAAAUGCAGCAGUGUAAGGGAUUUUUUUGAAGGAUGGGCUGCUACUGUGGAAGUAUUUUUUACAUGUCUAGGAUGCUAAAAAAUUAUAUGUGGGAGUAUAUUUUUAUUACAUGUUUCUAGUAAGAGGAAAUAAACAUUUUUAUUGCAAAUUGUAUUUUUCCAACAAAAUCCUAAGAUUAUAUUUUCUGUUAGUUGCCAUAUUUUCAGGUGUUUAUUCACAGUUAUUUUUAAGGGGGGAAAAUACCAAGUAUAUAAUUGAUAAUGUAUAAAUUUAAAAGUACAGACCUCUUAGCACUACUUCAACUACCUGAUUAAAAAAUACAUACAUAUUUCAUUAACUCCACUGCUUACAUAUGUUCUUUUGGCUGUCUGGACUGUACAAAUAUGUAUGUUUUUAUAGAUGCUGAAUAAAUCUACCUUUCUUCAUACCUUGGAUCUAAUUCCACCAUCUGACAGGAACUAGAGUGACAGUGACAGCACUUGCUGCUAGAAGGCACAGGAACAUGGGGAGCAGAAAAAAUGCUGUAACAAGAAAGCACAUCCUCUUCAAGCACGCAGCUCAGAGCAUCUUUACUUCAAGUUUUUUGUCUUUGAGUGUCAGGAAAAAAUGGACUCACUUAAAUUUUUUUUUUCAUCAGUUGAUAAUUGCAAUGUUGGAAACUUCAACCAUCCAGUUUGUUGUAGUUGAAAUUUAAUAUUUUGAAAACAGAAGGAUUUUUACAGACUCAUACAUACUCUGCUUUUCAACCAGUCAUUAUAAAAGAACUGAAAAAAGGUUAUGCAUGUUACUUCUGGAGAACAAACAUUGGUUCUAGCUCUUUCUCUUUGCAAAGCUCCCAGUAGGCCCAGAGGAUCUUGACUGACACUGAUAAUUUCCAGCCAGUUAAAACAGUUGGGAGGAGCCUGGCCUGCUGGGAAAAAUGAAAAAAGGAAGUGGGCUGAACUGAUAUUUUUGGAGUAUCUUUAUUUGAAUACAAGGAUCUUUUUUAUUCAUUGUAGCUGAACAUUUUAUUCAUUGUGGCAAUAAACAAAAGUGCAGACUAACUGUUUCCUGAUGCAGAAUGGUGUUGUGUUUAAAAGGGAGGACAGGGAAUAUCCCAGUGUUUUGUAGACUUCAAUUACCACAGCAGUGGUUCUACAGAGUUUGCCAACUCAGUGGAUGCUGUAUAAAAUGGAUUUCUGGGACUGUUUUAGGACACUUAUCCUUCUAAAGGCCUAACUAGUCUCUUUCUUUUUUUUUUUUUCUAUGCUAAUAUUUAAUGUAUAUGUUUAUAAUAAAAUCUAUGAACAGCAAAUAUUCCUUUUCCCCCAAUUUUUUAUACUAAUGUUUAGCAGCAUCUCAAAGUGGAGUUCAAUUCCUACUUUUUUCUCGGAGAACAUGCCAGGUAACAAACACUGUUCAGUGUAGUGCUGUCUGUAGGGGAGUUAACUGCUGACACACAGAGAUCCAUAAAGCUUCUGCAUGCACGAUGCACCCAGGUACUGCAGCACCCUGAAGAGCUGCUCUGAGGCACUGCCUCAUCCUGUGCUCAUUCCCAGGCUUUGGCACGUUCUGCAUUUGUGUGCGUUCAUCUAAGGAUUCAAUGAGUUAACAGCUGACAUGCAAGAAGAAGGAAAAAAGAGGUGUCUUGGGACACUCUUCUAUUGGUCACAGCUGUAUGUUGUCCCUCUAAAGCAUCCUCAGCCACUAUUUUGAUUGUUACAUCCACGUUUACUGUCAUUGAAAAUACUGUUAAAGCUAUUUUGUCAGUUCACUUUAUUUGUAGAUAAAAGGCACACGUGGUUUAUAGUUGGAUUUGCUCUUGCUUCUAGUCAGUGACUCACCCAGUUUCCUAACCUAAAGCAAUUCUUACUAAAGCAGCAGAGGUUCAGAGAUACACCAGUUUUACUUUGGUCAGCUCCCAAAUGGAUGUGGAUGAACUGGAAGAAGAAUUAUGAUCUUAUAUUAAAUAUUAUUCAUACAGAAAUCUGUGCCUGCAUAGUUAGAAACCAACCGUAGACUAAACUUGAUCAGAUUUUCCAAAAACUGUGUGUAUAAUUUCACUGGUUAAUCAAACAAUCCUGUUUUAUUUAUUUAUAAGUAAUAGCAUUCUGUAUGUAAAUAAGGUUAACCAAUUUAUUUUUCAAGUUUUUAUGUCUCAGCGACACACCAUGGCAUCCUUUUUAAGGAAAAAAAUGUGAGGUUCUACCACAGAAGAUGAGUGGGUGUAACAGUUUGUAAACCACAUUAUCAUACAACAUUAUGUGGAAAAUAAUUGUAUUUGAGCAUCUGAUCUUAUGUGAUCACAACAUAAAUAGAGCCAUGUUGUUAAAUCCAUUAGGCAUCUCUGCUUUUUCCUUUUGUUGGCAGAACAUCUGUAUAAAACAAAAGGUGAUUUUGUAAGUAUUCAAUUAAGUACAUAUGCUGUUUGACUCCAAAAUUGUUUGCCUGAUGAAAGUUCCCUUUAGAGUUAUGAGCUGAUUUUGCAGCCAAAACAUAAGCUUGUCUAGAAGUUUGGGGCAUGGUUGUCCCACAUCUUAUUUUCAUCUUGCCAACAUGUAUAUGACAUGGCUGCAUAGUUGUGGAAUAUACCCUCCUUAUUUUUCCAGCUUCUGCUGCAAAAUUACAUCACCAUGUAAAUACAGCCCCGAAAAUGAUCUCAUGCUUGGUGCAUGGAAAAAGCCAUCACUAAAAUCAGCACCAUGUUUCACAAGCACUGCUCCAGCACAUGUACAUUCUUUUCUGCAGCUUGCACUGAGGAACGGGCCGUUGGCUCUCAGUCCAUGGCAGAACUCCCACUGUGUUCAGCAGAAGCAACCAGUCUUCAAAGCUGUUUAGUGAUGGUAUGAUUUAUCUAACAAAAGGUUACCCACAGCUUUUUUUUAAAUCUGUUUUUAAAAUCAAUUAAAAUCUCUUCACACUGAUGUUUCUGUAGAAAAUGUAUUUCACAAAAGCAGAUCUAUAUAUCUUAAUGUAAAACAAUUCUUCCCAUAGAUUUCAGAGUUUUUAAAAUAAAUCCUCUGUGCUUAUUCUUCCCCCAUAUUUGAGUGUGCAGUUUUUUACUUCUUUUGAUUUGACUGUAGGCUGCUCUUCUCCCUCAGCAUAAACAAGUCUGUAAACAAGU